CCCGGCAGCUGUUCGAAUCUUCUCCAUGACAACCAUCUCUGCUCCAGCCUUUCUCUCCACGUCCACAUUUCCUCUUUGAUGUCACCUAAUUAAAACAAAGAAAGAAAGGCAUCCCGGGAUUUAAUUUGGACCAAUGAGAAAGCGGGAUGUUUUGUUCCUUUCCAAUGAAUUUAAGCAGAAGGAGUUUUUCAGGUCUCGGAUUCAGUUAAUCUUCCGAUUGACUUGCAGCAGGCGACAAGACAUAAGAAAAACUCAUUAGCCACAGAAAAAAAGAGGUGGCUGAUGUGAUUACUGCUUUAUCCCGAAGGAGCAUUAUUACUAUUGUUGCUGUCAUGAAAUCAUUUAUUUAAUUAGACAUCAAGAUGACAAGCGCAACUUACUCCUUCCAUUAUGAACAGAUCUGGGAAGAGUCUAAAAAUCAUUCUAAGGAUUGGAGCCAGAGAAUCAGGUGGACUGGAAAUGGAGGAAAGUAUACUGGAUGCCACUGACCAGGAAACGGUGAUGUGUGAAGAGAACAGCAAAAAUGAUUCGUGUUCCAAUGCUAUUGUCAAGAAAAAAAGGAAGAAAAAGAGAUGACCAGUGAUAAAUCUGACCAACUGUAAAUAUGAGAGUGUACGUCGGGCUGCCAAAAUGUGUGGGCUUCGGGAAGCAACCGAGAUGGAUGACUGGACCUUGUAUUGGACAGAUUAUUCUGUGUCUCUGGAUCGGGUAAUGGAGAUGAAAAGUUAUCAGAAAAUAAAUCAUUUCCCUGGAAUGACAGAAAUCUGUAGGAAGGACCUUCUAGCCAGGAAUAUGAGCAGAAUGUUAAAGCUUUACCCCAAGGAAUUUAACUUCUUUCCCAAGACUUGGUGUCUUCCUGCUGACUAUGGUGAAUUGCAGGCCUUUGGGAGAUCAAAAAAACAUAAAACCUACAUCUGUAAACCAGACUCUGGUUGUCAAGGCAAAGGCAUUUACAUCACAAAAACUGUAAAAGAUAUCAAACCUGGGGAGGAUAUGAUCUGCCAGCUCUAUAUCUCAAAGCCAUUUAUUAUUGAUGGUUUCAAAUUUGAUCUUCGGAUUUAUGUGUUGGUGACAUCAUGUGAUCCACUACGAGUAUUUGUUUAUGAGGAGGGACUUGCACGUUUUGCAACAUCUACGUAUUCAGACCCAUCACAAAGUAAUUUGGACAAUGUCUGCAUGCACCUGACUAAUUAUUCAAUUAACAAGCACAGCGCUAAUUUUGUACGAGAUGAAGAUUCUGGUAGUAAGAGGAAGCUGUCUACCUUUAAUAAGUACAUGGAGCAAAAUGGUUAUGAUACAAGGCAAAUAUGGAAGGAUAUUGAAGAUGUUGUUAUUAAAACAUUGAUUUCAGCUCAUGCUGUCCUCAAGCAUAAUUACCUUACUUGCUUUCCCAACCACACCAUGUGGAGUGCUUGUUUUGAGAUCCUGGGAUUUGAUAUUUUGCUGGAUCGAAAACUCAAACCAUGGUUGCUUGAGGUGAAUCAUUCUCCAAGCUUCAGUACGGAUUCAUGGCUGGAUAAAGAAGUAAAAGACCAACUGUUAUAUGACACUCUGGUAUUGAUCAACCUAGGAGUAUGUGAUAAGCGCAAAAUCUUGGAAGUAGAGAAACGGCGAGGAAAAGAAAGGCUUCUCAAGCAAUGUCGUAAUCGUGAAGCCAGAGCCGAGGAAUUUAAGAACUGCCAGGCUGUGUGGCUUCAGCAAGCAGAGGUCUAUGAAGAAAACAACACAGGAGGUUAUCGCCGAAUAUAUCCUGAUUCUGAUUCUAUCAAAUAUGAUAAGUUUUUCCAACAGAAUAGUUCACUUUUCCAGGAAACAGCAGCUUCCAGAGCUCGUGAAGAGUAUGCAAGGCAUCAGCUGCAGGAACUGCGUCUCAAGCAAGAACAAAAACUUACAUUGAAAGAAAAGAAGACUGAAUUCCCAGGAGAGUCCAGUGGAGAAAAAACAAAGAUUCCUAGGCCAAAGACAGUAAAUAGAUCAACUAUACUGCCAGCCUCGGUCCAGACUCAGAUUUGUUCAGAAUCAGGACCUGGGACUGUUGUCCUGCUUGAACAUUUUUCGGAUGAACAAGAGCCCAAGAAAGAAGUGAUCUGUGAAUUUUCAAGUAUUUCCCCACAUAAGAGCCCUGAAACUGAUAACCCAGAGUAUUCUGCAAAGCAUCCAGUGAGGCCUUACAGCUCUGUGCCUAAUUUGACGUGUCAGAAUUCAUCCAGCACUCCAGAUCAAUCUAAUUCCAGGCCAGAACUGCGGAAUACUACUAAUAUUCACCAUUCUGCAACUAAUACGAACAUUAGAACAAAACAUCAAUCUCCAAAUGAAUUUACAAAAGCAUGCAGUAAACAAAACUCGUAUCAUCCUGACAAACAUUUUCCAGCAAUGAACAAACAUCAUGUGAGGAGCAAAACUGCAAAAGACAAGGCUGUCUGUGAAACGCCAGCUGUUAAAAAUUUCCACCCAUUUGGUGAAUUGACUUUCCAGUAUGUUGGAGAAAAAGCAGUUUCAUCACACUCAGCAGUCAAGGCAAUGAGAAAGAACUUUUCUGAGAAUGGCAAGGGGAAAGCAUCUUUCUUUAUUUCAGAAUUUUUCAGCAAAAAUUUUACAACAUCUGAGAAGCAAUUAAAACAUCUCUGUCAACUCCAGUCUCAACACCCCACCAAUCGAGCAAAAAGUGCUUCCCUCCCCAGAGAAAUCGUAGGGUCCAGAAGUGCUUCUGGCAGGAAGCCAGCAAAAUACUAUAAUAUUCACUUCAGCCUGCAGAAGCCAACAAUUCAGCAACACAGCUUGCAAGAUUUGCUGGUGAUCUCACAGAUGAACAGCCAGACCACAAGACCUAAUGACCCGAGAGUGAGAAGUAGUCCUUAUUCUUAAGGGUCUAAAUGAAUUCUUUGCAAGCACUGGAUAGCGUUGGAGCCCAGAAGAAUCAGCUUUCUAUCAAAUAGAACCCAGAACUAUUUGAACUAUUCAACUAUACAUUUUCCAAGCAUAAUCCUAUUGAAAGAAGCUCACAGGCAGCUAACGAAGUUUGAGCUAUGAACUGAUAGGGUUUUUUUUUUUUUAGACUAAGUGGAUCUUGAGAUAGCAGAAUGUCCUGAUUUUUCUGUUUCUUGAAGAAAUAUGUAGCUAUCUAUAAUUUUCUAAAUGAGAAAGUCCUCUUCUGUACAUUUUUAAGAAAAUGAAUGCUGCACUGAGUUUCAAAUAUAGAGAUGUGAUCUUUUGUACUAUUCCCAGUCAUGUAUUUCUGUACCUCUGCCUUGCUAUGCGUACUGCAGACUGACUCCUAAGGACUGAACUUGAUCCAACAUAUAGUGGGGGUUUUCCCUGAUUUUAUUUUUAAAUAAAAAAUAAGCCUUGGAGGUUUCAGUAGAAAACUGAAGUGCUAUUUAACUAUUCCCCUCCAGUUAUCUACUCAUUCAAACAUUUCCCCAUUCUAUUAUUUUACCUAUUGUGGAAACAUACAGGACUCAACAGUAUCUCCUAUUCUGCCUUCUGGUUUCUAUUGCAGCUCCCAAAGUUGCUUUUCAUUUAAAAAAAAAUCAGGGGAAAGAACUAUGUGAUAAUUCAUAGAUCUAAAUAGAGUUUUUAAAAUGGCAAAGAUUCUUAUGCAAAGGGAUUUUGUGUUUCUCAGUGAAAUAAACCUUGAAUCUGUAUGAUUUUGCA